ACAUUCGGGAACAUUCUGCAGGUUUAUAAAAGAUGAGUUUUCGACGUUUCCCUUUUCAAGUAGGUGAUACGUCGCCGUUCGAAAGGUUCAAUACGAGAUCUCAGGAGGACAGGAAUAUGUUCUACGACACUACUCCUAUACGUAGGAGUUACUGGAACGAUCUGGAUACCACCACGAGCCAUUUUGACGAGCCAUCUUGGAGGAAUCCUCCGCCAUUCAGGAAUUCUGGUUCCAUGCCUGGAAGUCCACAGACCAGACACCGUAACAGUAGUGGCCCUUCUUGGUCCGAAGGAAGUAUUCCAAUUAAAGUAGUGCACGAGAAGUCUUCAAAAAAUAGUAGUUCAGACUGUUCAGAUGGACAAGCUAGUUCUCAGGGAAGUGGUCCUUCCAUUAAUUCCGAACAGUCUCGUGAACCCAGAGUUCAUCAUAUUCCCAUUAUGGUCGAACCUAGGGGAGAUUCAAAUUCUAGUCACAUUAGUAACAAAGGUAAUGAACAUUCUAAGACAAAUCAGUCUAAUGUAGGAACUGAAAAUAUGCAAAAUUCUGUGGGAUCAAAACACUCCCAAGGAAAAUUUUCUACUAAAACGCAUUUGAAUAGUGAAGAAAGCGUUAAGCCAACUACCGACGAUACAUCAGAAGAUGCAAGUCAUCAACCCCGUGUUUGUCAUAUUCCUAUAAUGGUAGAACCAAGAGUAGAACAGAGUUCUCAUUCGCCUGACAAAACUACUCCUAAAAAGACUUCGCCUUUUCAGGGUUUUCCACCACGCAGUAAUAGCUCGAGUCAACCGUUUGAAGGACCGUCAUUUAGUACUCGUAAGACCGAAUCUGCUCCCCAUCUUUCCGAGCACAAAACACCAAAGAAACCAACUGCUAAACAGAAUGUUGGACCACACGUUUCAAAAGUACCAAUAAAUAUUAAUGAACCACCCCAAAUGAAAGUAAACCAGACUAAUCCAGCAGAAUUUGCUCUGAAUCAGAUUGCAAAAGUAAAAAAUGAAAUGGUAGGAUUAAAAAUACAAGUCGAAGAAUUUACUGGAUGCUUUCAAGACAAACAGUAUCGUUACUUAGAUGAAAUGCUUACGCAAUGCAUGUUGAAAUUGGACAAUAUAGAUACAGGAGGAUUGGACGAAAUCAGAAAGGCUCGAAAAGUGGCAAUUAACGAGGUACAAACAUGUAUAUCGUUAUUAGAAUCAAAAAUUACUCGUAAAAAUUCAAAAUCUGAGGAGUCUAAUCAGGCCAUCACUCAGGAAGCUAUGGAUGUCUGUAAGCAGUCCGAAGAAGUUUCGGUCAAGUCAUCAAACAACAUUCCAUCUGAAAAAAUGGAAGCAAACGAAUCAAUAGACAAAAUAACUGAUAACACUUUGCAGAAUACUCAGUGUUCAGAAAUGACCAAAGAGAACGUGCACUCGGGAAAAGAGAAGGGAGAUGAAAAAUCAGAGGAAUCAAAAGUGGCCACAGAAGGAAAAAUGGAGCUUCCUGGAGUAAAUAACAAAAAAAUUAAAGUAGAGGACAAAACAGAAGUGAAAGGACAAUUAGUAGAGAGAACAGAAGCAGAAAAGAUGGAAAUCGACACUACAGAAACUAAUCACACAGAACAAACGAUGGAAGUCGAGAACGCCAACAAUAAGCAUUUUCAAAAUCUUCCCACCAAAGGACCAGAAGUACAAACAGAUCAAGACGCCUCAUCCGACAUUUCCAAAUCGGCGGAAACCCAAAAGGAAUUUCAACAAUAGUGUUUUUCCCGUCUAACUUAAAAUGCAAAAAUGAAAAAACUGUCGAGCUCUCUUACAAUUUGCAAUAUUUAAAAAAGUAAUAUAUUAACUUCUGCACUAAAUAACCAAGAUCUAUUUUUGUUUUGCAUAUUUUAUACCAUUUCUUAGUACGACAUUAACUAAAAUACUAAUUUAUUUUUUCGUCUUUCAUUAAUUUAAGAGGGAGGAAUCGCAUUUCUAACGGUUAUGUCGAUCUGCACAAUUUAAACGUUUACUUAAUUGUCUGUGUAAUGGAUUGUCAGAAGUAAAUCAUCUUUCUUUUGCAUUGUAAACUCGAAAGUAUUAUUGAGCCAAAGGUUACAUAAAGUUUAGAAAUGUGUAAAUAGUAUUUUAGUGGUUUUUUUCCCCCUGUCAGUGAAAUUUGUCUUAUUUACAUUGCUUUGUAAAUAGUGUUAAAUGAAAAAAAUAAAUUAAUUUUAUCACAAAUGUUUAACUGUUUACAUUUACCCAUCAAAAGAAUUGCUGUGAUGAAAUGCAUUUUUUGCUUCAUGUAUUGUCUUUUGCUACCCGUACUACAUCAAUAAAACUUUCUUGUACAAAUCUUAA